AUGUUCUCCAAGAACCGCUUCAAUGGACAACACGGAACACCCGUUGCACCCAAAGGCGACACCAAGGAACGGGUUCGCAAAAAGAGGGCCCCCAACCCCAGGGUAGCGCUUGUCAUUCGGGAGAAGAUCCACCGCCUGCUCCAAGGAUCCGGCCAGGAACUACCCGCCCCAGACCUUUACUAUGCUGGGAUCGAGGAGGAGGGGGGAGGAGAGGGACAGGAGAAGAGAAAGGAGGCCACAAAUAUUUUUGUAAGGUGUGGGCCCAGAGAGGAAGUUUGCUCCUCGAGGAUCCCCACCUGUAAGGCACAUGGAGGGGUGUCUGGGGCUUCCUGCAUUGGGGAGGUGGAGCUGAACAGAGAGGGCUGUGUCAGGAUCCCUUGCACUCUGCAGCACAACAGCAGAAGCCAAUCUCCAGGGAAGCAGAAAUUGAGUAUCCCAGACGGGAUUAGGACUGUCCCGGAAAAGAGACGAACACCCAAACACCAGAAAUGGAUAAUCCCGGCAGGUAUCCGGACCAUUCCAGAACAGAGAAGAGAAGCCCUACAUCAGAACCGGAUUAGCCCAAACAGGAACAGCUCAACGUUUGCCUCGGAGGCAGGGGCAGCAGGAGGGAAGGCUGACUUCGGUCGGACCCGUGCAGAUCAAAAGAGACCUGUUUCUAUGGGUGACUAUGUGGAUUACAACUUCAACAGAACACGGCACGAUACUCUGCUGGAGGUGGACGAGGAAGAAGAAGACGAGGAGGAGGAGGAAGAGGAGGAAGAGGAGGAAGAGGAGUCUAGUGCCAUCAUCGAGCACAUUCUCAAAGAGCUGAGAGGGAUCAACAAAAUCCAGGAGGAGAUCUCGGACCUGCGAGAUUACCUUUCAUCCGUGCGUGGCUCUGUAGAGGAGGUGUCUUCCUGUGUGGAUGCUGUGCUCCUGGAGAUAGAGGGCAUUCGCUCAGGAAACAAGGCUAGUGGCAGUCCAGGAGAUGGGGCUUGGUCUGGGGCAGCAGGAGGCAGUGACGGAUCCUCCUUCAUCCCUCACCAGAGGCCUGUCAGCGCCUAUGGCAGUUUAGGCAGGCAGAUGGUGCCUUCAGAUUCCAAUGUCUGCCGACCGUCCGUCUUCAGCCAACGCCACAGCAUCCACGGGAUGCCAGUGGAGUUCCACUUGCCAACAUUAGAAGAGAAGUCUACCACAGUCUCGCCAGGCACCGAAUUAGUGGAGCCUGUUGGCCAGCAGCAGGAGGAUGAUGAGCUUCCAUCCCAGAGCCCACCAUGCACUUCCAGUCGCGAGGAGUGGCGCUGCCAUAGACGGAGGCUGCAACAACAUCAUGGGACUCAAGUUCCUAGAGACAUCCACUCAGAGUACCCCAGCCUGGGAUACAAGGGUGCUGCUGAUUGCUUAUUUCCCCAGAGCUCUGGUUACCACUCAGUGGAAGGACAUACAGAAGGAGUGGAGAGCUAUGGCUACACAGCUCCCCCCACAGAUCUCAGCUACACAACUGACUGCCAAGUAGAUAGUUACCUGGAGAACUAUUCUGGCCAUGAGCACGACAUGACUGACGAGUUUACAGAGGUGACCUGUACCUGGGGCUCACUACAGGUCACCUGUACUACUGUGGCUGAAACAGACAUGCCAUUGGUCAGUACAGAUGAAGGAGUUAUGCUAGGGCACCUCCCGCGCCCUAACAGCGCAGAGAUCCAAAACGUUGGUUUUAACGUGAAGCGGAUCGGGCGAGCCGUGCUGGACUUCAGCUCCGCCCUGCGGGAGGCACUACGCAAGUUGGAAGGACCCGGAACCGACAAGAGUCCUGGAGAUGAGACUGAGCCCACAAGCUUUUUGGUGGAGUCUCAAACAAACCUACCCCAUGCAGAUAUGUCCCAAACGUCAAAAGAGGAUGGGUUGGACCCAGGGGCCUUGGACGACACAGAGAGACUAACCCAGACCUGUGUCCUCUCCUAUGCCCCCUCAGACCCCUGCUCAGGUGAAACUAUGCCAGAGGAGGUCAGCGACGGCCACCAACAGGCUCAGGAUGACCCUUACGGACCUUCUCUCCUUCCUUACUCCGGACAGGACGUUUCCCAAACAGGCCUAGACUUUGCUUCACUUGGCCCAGAGCCUAUGGUCUCCCCACCCAAUGCAGAGGCAGAAGAAAAAGGAGCCUCUCCUCUGCCUCAGGGCCCAACACACACCCCCACUCGGAACAUCUCUCUAUCGCAAUGCACCACUGUAGAGUCCCUCUCACUCUCCUUCUCGGCUGAGGAGCAGGGAGACGAACCCCCAUCCCUGUCGCUGCCACAGCCCGACACAGAAGACCCAGAAGUCCCAGAUACGCCUGCAGCCCCAGAAGGCGAGGCAGCAAGAGAUGCAGCUGGAAAGGCAGAGAGAGCAGAGGAGCACACCCUGGAGAUGAGCCAGAGGGAGGUGCGGAGGCUGAAGUGCCUGAGGACCUUCCAGCAGAUCCUUCGGGAGAAGAGGGAGUCACGGCGCCAGCUCACCAGCAUGACCAUGUCCACCUUCAAGGAGGACAACCUCAUUCCAGGUAGCUAUCACCUACCAUCCGUCGGCCGAGACAGAGAUGGAGAGCCUAGCAAGCACCCGUGGGCCAAGCCUGCUGGUGCCACGCCCUUUGGGAUCGACAGUAUGCCUGACCUCCGCAAAAAACAGCCUAUCCCCCUGGUCAGCGAGCUGUCCCUGUUGCAGGCCAGGAAGGCAGGGCUCUCUGUGGCUACAAAUACAUCCAUCAAGGACCAUGAGCUGAAGAGCCACGUUUAUAAGAAAACCCUGCAGGCUCUGAUCUACCCCAUCUCCUGCACCACGCCCCAUGCCUUCCAGGUGUGGACUGCCUCCACACCCACCUACUGCUAUGAGUGUGAGGGGCUGCUGUGGGGGAUCGCCCGCCAGGGCAUGAGGUGUGCUGAGUGUGGGGUCAAAGUUCACGAGAAGUGCCAGGAGCUGCUCAACGCUGACUGUCUGCAGAGGGCGGCUGAGAAGAGCUCUAAGACAGGAGCAGAGGACCGGACCCAGCACAUCAUCACAGCCAUGAAGGACAGGAUGAAGAUCAGGGAGAGGAACAAGCCGGAGAUCUUUGAGGAGAUCAGGGCUGUGUUCGCCGUCACUAAGCUGCUCCAUGCGCAGCAGAUGAAGACUAUAAAACAGAACGUGUUAGACGGAACCUCCAAGUGGUCUGCCAAGAUCACCAUCACCGUUGUCAGUGCUCAGGGUCUCCAGGCUAAAGACAGGACUGGCUCCAGUGACCCCUACGUGACCAUUCAGGUGGGGAAGACUAAGAAGAGAACCAAGACCAUCUACGGAAACCUCAACCCUGUCUGGGAGGAGACGUUCAACUUUGAGUGCCACAACACGUCGGACCGUAUCAAGCUGCGUGUUUGGGACGAGGAUGAUGACAUCAAGUCCAGGGUGAAACAGCGUCUCAAGAGAGAGUCUGAUGACUUCCUGGGUCAGAGCAUCAUCGAGGUCAGAACACUCAGCGGAGAGAUGGACGUCUGGUACAACCUGGAAAAGAGGACUGAUAAGUCAGCAGUGUCUGGGGCCAUCAGGUUACAGAUCAGUGUGGAGAUUGAAGGGGAGGAGAAAGUAGCAUCCUACCACGCUCAGUACACCAGCCUGCAUGAGAACAUGUUCCAUUACUCUACUGACGUUGUGGGUCAGGGGGUAGUGAAGAUGCCUGUUGCCUUUGGAGAUGAUGCAUGGAAGGUCUACUUUGACGAGGUGCAUCAGAAUAUCGUGGACGAGUUCGCCUUGCGCUAUGGCAUCGAGUCCAUCUACCAGGCCAUGACUCACUUUGCCUGUCUGUCCUCUAAGUACAUGUUGUCUGGUAUUCCUGCUGUGAUGAGUACUCUGUUGGCCAAUAUCAACGCCUUCUACGCCCAUCCUACGACCAUCACCAACGUCUCCGCAUGUGACCGCUUCAACGCCUCCAACUUCGGGAAAGAUCGUUUUGUUAAGCUUCUUGAUCAGCUACACAACUCUCUUCGUAUUGACCUCUCCACAUACAGAAAUAACUUCCCAGCCAGUAGUAAGCCUCGUCUGCAGGACCUGACGUCUACUGUGGAUCUGCUGACUAGCAUCACCUUCUUCAGAAUGAAGGUGUUGGAACUUCAGAACCCCCCCAGGGCAGCCCAUGUGGUGAGAGACUGCGUGAAGGCCUGUGGUAACUCCACCUACGAGUACAUAUUUAACAACUGUAUAGACCUCUACAUGAGACAGUUCCAGCCCGCCCUAGAGAAGGAGGAGGAAGUGAAGAAGGAGCCAGAAGAGACAGGGCCUACUAUCCACAACCUGGACUUCUGGCCAAAACUCAUCACCCUCAUCGUCUCCAUCAUAGAAGAAGAUAAUCACUCCUACACACCCAUCAUUAACCAGUUUCCUCAGGAGCUCAACGUGGGCAAGGUCAGUGGUGAGGUCAUGUGGACGCUGUUCGCUCAGGACAUGAAGUAUGCCCUAGAAGAGCAUGAGAAGCACCGUCUGUGUAAGAGUGCUGACUACAUGAAUCUUCACUUCAGUGUCAAGUGGCUUUACAAUGAGUAUGUGACCGACCUGCCUUCCUUCCAAGACACUGUACCAGAGUACUCUGCGUGGUUUUUGCCAUUUGUCCUUCAGUGGCUGGGUGAGAACGAGGAUGUGUCCGUGGAGUUCAUGCAUGGAGCUCUAGAGAGGGACAAGAGGGAAGGGUUCCAGCAGACGUCGGAGCAUGCUCUGUUCUCCAGUUCAGUAGUGGACAUCUUCACCCAGCUAAACCAGAGCUUUGAGAUCAUCAGGAAACUAGACUGUCCAGACCUCAAGGUCCAGGGCCACUACAACAGACGCUUCGCCAAGACCAUCACCAAGGUGCUGAUGCAGUACUGUGCUAUCCUGUCCAAGGAGUUCCCCUCCUACUGCCAGAAGGAGAAGAUACCCUGUGUGUUGAUGAAUAACAUACAACAGAUGCGGGUCUUGUUGGAGAAGAUGUUUGAGUGCAUGGGGGCUAAACAGCUGGACUCCGAGACAGCGGACAUCUUGAAUGACCUGCAGGUCAAACUGACCACUGUCCUGGACAACCUGAGCUCCAUGUUUGGCAAGAGCUUCCAGGCCCGUCUGACUGCCUGCAUGCAUCAGAUGGCUGAGAUCGUGUACCAGAUCGCGGGUCAUCCUAACCGCCAGACGGCCGAGGCCGACGCUGACAACAUGCUGAGGCCUCUCAUGGACUUCCUGGAUGUAAAUCUGAGUCUGUUUGCUGACACCUGUGAGAAGACGGUUCUGAAGAGAAUACUGAAGGAUCUGUGGAAGAUCGUCCUCAGCAGCUUGGAGAAGACCAUCAUCUUACCUCAGAGCGACAAUGGUUUCGGAGCUCAGAUUCUGACCGUGGCCAAGGGGCUGUCUAACCUGAAGGAUAUCCUUAGGGGCGAGGCCAAAAGCCUUACACCCAAACAGUGUGUCAUAAUGGAGGUGGCGCUGGAAACUAUUAAGCAAUACUUCCACGCGGGGGGUAACGGUCUGAAGAAGACCUAUGUGGAGAAGAGUCCUGAGCUGUCUAAGCUGAAAUACACUCUGUCCCUCUACUCUCAGAGCACUGAUGCACUGAUUAAGACCUUCGUCACCACACAGCACACACAGGUUCAUAAUGAGAUGGGCAUCAGGAUUACUCCAAGUGAGAAGGUUUGGCCUGAAAGAGGUUCAGGAGCGGAGAAGUCUAUUGGUGAAGCCCAGAUCCAGAUAGACAUGGUGCCUCCAGGCAAAGACAAGAUCCACAAGGUCAACAUCAGAGUGAUAGCAGUGAAUGAUAUGAAGUGGCAGACAUCAGGGAUGUUCCGUCCCUUUGUGGAGGUCAAUAUGAUUGGUCCACUCCUCACUGCCCAGAAGAGGAAGUUCACCACCAAGUCAAAGAACAACAGCUGGACAGCCAAGUACAACGAGACCUUCCAAUUUAUCCUGGGUAAGGAGUCUCCAGACUGCUAUGAGCUGCAGGUGACGGUGAAGGACUACUGUUUUGGCCGGGCCAACCGUGUCGUGGGCGUGGCCGUGGUCCAGCUGAGGGAUGUAGCUGACAGGAAGUCAUGCGUGUGCUGGUGCCCACUGGGUAGAACCAUCCAGAAGGACGAGACGGGCGUGACGGUGAUGCGUAUCCUGUCUCAGCGGGCGGCCGACGAGGUGGCCAAGGACUUUGUCAAACUGAAGGAUGAGACACGCCCUGUAGAGGAGGGGAGAUGA